AUGCUCGCCGGUUUAUGUAUCGGCCUUCGUGGCCUUCAGAUCCUCUUCGGCGCCGUAAUCGUCGGUCUCUCCGCCCACUUCAUCACCGCCCAAAAAGUCGGUUCCGCAGCGACCACCACGCAAUACUCCGUCUUUACCGGCGCCUACGCCAUUCUCGAAGGGCUUUUGGGCAUCGCCGCUCUGUUCAUUGGUUCUUUUCUAGAUAUCGUGGUACUAGGCGCCGAUGCUAUUGGUGCUUUGGUGUUGUUGGCUGGUGGUAUUGCCUGGGCAGCCGAAACCCGCGGUUUCUCCUGCACCGAUCCCACCAAGGCUAAGAAGAUUCUUGACAACAACCUCUUGAACCAAGGUAAACGCAAGUACAAGGGGGACUGGUACUAUGGAAUUUUGUACGGGGACCCGAAUGCGGAGACGGCUUGGAGCCGGCUGCAGUCGAGCUGCAAGAAGGGACUUGCGGAUGAAGUCUUUCAGUUCUUGGCGUUCGCCGUGCUUGUGGCCCUGUUAGUGGUGGGGUGGAUCAGAUGGCGGAAGGGUAGAGGGGGUGGAGGUAUGGGGUCGAGGUCGUAUGUUUAA